AUGAACGGAGAGUCACACGAACGCCGCGAUGAGCGGAUUCAAGACCUAUGGCGCAACCUCGAUACUCGGAACGAGGGUCAGCUCGACCUUCCAGCUCUCAAGAAAGGCUUGCGCAAAAUCGACCAUCCUCUUAAAAACGCCGAUGACCUACUCCACGAUGUUCUCAAAGCGGUCGAUACCUCUGGGGAUGGACGCAUACAAUAUAAUGAGUUCAGAGUGUUUGUGGAACAAGCGGAGCGCGAGCUCUGGCAACUUUUCGAAAGUAUAGACAAAGACCACAGCGGCGCGCUGGAUAAGGCAGAGCUUCGUGCCGCAUUUAGCAGGGCAGGUUUGACAAUAAGUAACGCGAAGCUGGAUCAAUUUUUUGACGAGGUGGACGUCAACCAUGACGGGCAAAUAUCCUUUGAAGAAUGGAGGAAUUUUCUUCUCUUUUUACCUGCGAGUGCACCUACUCUUGGAUCUCUGAUAUCCUAUUAUUCGGCGACAGCAAAUGUUAACCAAGAAGGUGAUGUUCACAUCAAUGACACCCUUCAAGGAUUUGAAAUCCUCAUCCCACUAGGCUAUUUCAUAGCAGGUGGCUUAGCAGGCAUGAUCUCGCGGACAGUAACAGCACCGCUAGACCGACUCAAGGUCUAUCUAAUCGCUCAAACGAAUCCCAAACCGGCGGCGGUAGAAGCGGCCAAAAAAGGGGCACCUCUUGAGGUGGUCAAGAACUUUGCCCGGCCGUUGGUCGACGCGUGCAAGGAUCUGUGGCGGGCUGGCGGAAUGCGAAGUCUGUUUGCUGGGAACGGUCUCAAUGUCGUCAAGGUCAUGCCGGAGUCUGCCAUCAAGUUUGGUGCAUACGAGGCCGCGAAGAAGAUGUUUGCCGAGUUUGAGGGUUCAGAUCCAAAGCACCUCUACCCGACUUCGCAGUUCCUAGCUGGUGGUAUUGGUGGUGCAGUCGCCCAAUGCGUGGUUUAUCCUCUCGAUACUCUGAAAUUCCGCAUGCAAUGCGAGACGGUCGAAGGUGGCUUGCACGGAAACGCGUUGAUCGCCCAAACCGCACGAAAGAUGUGGAGACAGGGCAGACUCAUGCCCUAUUAUCGGGGAUUAGGAAUGGGUCUCGCUGGCAUGUUCCCCUACAGCGCUAUCGACCUAUUCAUCUUUGAAAAUUGCAAACAUUUUGUCCUAGCACGGAAAGCCAAGAAAUAUCGCUGCCACGAGGAGGACGUGGAAAUGAGCAAUCUUCUCACAGGCGUCAUUGGAGCAACAUCAGGAGCGAUCAGCGCGACCGCUGUGUACCCGAUCAAUCUAUUAAGAACGAGGUUACAGGCUCAAGGCACAGUGCUGCACCCACCUACCUACAAAGGCAUUGUCGAUGUCACGAUCAGAACGGUUCAAGGAGAAGGAGUCAAAGGACUGUUCAAAGGCGUGACACCGAAUCUGUUGAAGGUUGCGCCAGCAGUCAGCAUUAGCUAUAUUGUCUACGAGAACAGUAAGAAGUUGAUGGGCCUCCAUUGA